UGUGUUUUGCUCAUCAUGAUGAUGAAGUCUACUGUUUAUUACCGUGUAUUGAUAAUGAUGAUGAUGAUGUUGAUUUCUGUACAAGGAUCGACUUUUUUUCUAUCACCUAAUCAACGUACUGUAUGGCAAACAGGUACAAAAGUGAAUAUUGAAAUAAUUUCGGAUGGAGUAGGUAGUGGGGAUCUCCAACUAGUAGAUCAACAUGGCUUUUUCCCUAAAGAUAUGGGAAGAAUCGGAGUGGCGGUCCCAUUAGUGGUGGUGAACAAUCGUACUACUGGUCCAACAUCAUCAAACAUGUAUUCCUUCCAUGUAUGGGAUAAACUUCCAGAAGGUACACGUUAUCAAUUGGCUUUCCUUCCUGAUACUUCUUUGACUGAUGAUGAUACAAAAGUUUCCAAUGCUUUUUCUCAUUAUUUUACCAUUCGCCAUCCUUAACAAACGGAGUUGUCUGAAACAUCGGGAGGACAAGCUUUUUUUUUUCCAUCUUUCUCCUCUUUCCUCCCUUCUUUUUUUCUUUUUAUUAUAUUCUUGAGACAGUUUCCCCUUUCUUUUUUU